GUAUGGAAACAGUGGCGUUUGUUUGGAUGAGUUGCUCUGGAACAUGUUGGGGCAAGUACCGUCACCAAAAUGAAGGGAAUAUUCUUAAACGUACCGUUAAAACCACUGCACGUAGGCUUUAUGUAGUUAGUUAACUACUAAGUUAUAGUGUUCUGGUUCUGUGAAGUGGUUACAAUGUUCAUUCUUAAACGCGUGGUGUGCGUUGGAGGUACCAUUGUCCCCCAAUGCACCGCCCUCUCUGUGAGCAAUUUCUCUGCAUACCGUUGCGUAAGAUCCCCAAAGAGAAACAGUCCGUACAGCGCAGUGGACAGUGAGCGCUACUCUUCUCUUGUGAAGUCUGUCAUGUCAUCCAGGGUCAGUUCCCAAACACCCGAGACACUCCAAACGGAGGACGAACACGUUUAUGGACCUGUUGUCAAAGCUCCAACGCCCUCCUCAAGACCAGAGGUGAGGGUACCCAAAACCUUGCACCCCUUCUUACACUUCCAAGAGACUCUACAAGCGGAAGAGCCAGAGUCAGGGCCUCCAGUCCGGAUUUUGUUAAACCGGGCGGGCAGGUCUUCCGUUCCGAGUGUGACCCGCAUUCUUCAGCAGACGCUCUCCCCGGACCAGAUCUUCUACCUGGAGAGGUGGAAGAGGAGGAUGAUCGCAGAGCUCGGAGAGGAAGGCUUCAAAGAAUACAGUCAGAAAUUAUUUAGGCAAGGGAGGCUCUUCCAUUCAGCUGUGGAGGACAUCCUGGUGUCAGGUGCAACUUGGAAGAACAGAAAUCCUCCGGAGUCUUCAGAGUAUCCACCUGAGGUGCAGGGAUACAUGGAGAGCAUCUCUCACGUGCUGGAGGAUGUCGGAGCAGUGAGAGCCACUGAAAGCACUGUGCAUCACGACAUGCUGAACUAUCUGGGAAUUGUGGAUUGUGUUGCUCGCUACAGAGGCGUACUAUGUGUUAUUGACUGGAAGACUUCAGAGAAGCCGAAACCAUUCCUGAGCAACACAUAUGACAACCCUGUUCAGGUGGCAGCCUAUGCCGGAGCGUUGAACAAUGACGGCAACUACAAAUACCAGGUUGAAAAUGGACUCAUUGUAGUAGCCUACAAGGAUGGCUCACCGGCCCAUGUUCAUCGGCUGAGCUCAGAGCUGAUGUUGAAGUACUGGACAACUUGGUUGAUUCGUCUCGAAGAGUUCACAGAACAAAGAUCCAGUCAUGCAUCAAGUGCUUUUGAGCAAAAGAGAUGAGAUGUUUGAAGGGAGGUCUGCAAGGGAAUGUCCAUGAAGCGCAGGUCACUUCAGUUUAAGGCAACUGAACCUGAAGUGAAAAUAUAACAAGCUCCCAUGCAGUAGGAGGAUACAACCCUAAACCCUAAUUUCUUUCCCCUUUUCUACACCGGGAGCAACUUAUCAUUUUAGAGGCCUUGUUUGAGGUAUUUAAAAAUCAUUGAAUUCAAACCAGGCUUCCCUGUAUGAGGGGUCCUCAACAAAGCCCAGGCUUUUAAAGAGCCUGUGGGAGACCUCGUUCUCCUCCUCUACGAAGCCGUACACUGGGUACCCCUCAGUGUGGAGUCUCUUGGCCAUGACGCUGAUCAGGACUUUGGCGUAGCCUUUCCCUCUGUGCUCUGGCAGAGUGUACAACAUGCCCAUCGCACACGACGCGUAGGUCAGGAUCCAGGAUGCGGGCUUUCCUUCUGCGUCCAGCACGCCGCAGGAGGGGAAGUUUGCGAGCAUGUUCCAGAUCAUCCUGACGGCGUCCUCGUUCUUUCCAAACUUCCAUGUCUGAUUCACCAAGCCAACGUGUGAUUCAUCCAGAGAGCUUAGUGAGAUCCCUGAGCUGAUGCAGAACAGAGCAGAGUCCUGUUUUAUUAAUGAACUAUUAAACCUAAGAUCAUGAUUUAGUCACACACUAGACACUAGCUCGGCCCUACCUGUCUAGAGAGGGCAGGUUGGAUACGUCCUCCAGUAUCAUCAGGUGACACACUGACACUGCUGGACACGCCUUUUUCUGAUGCCACUGCCUUGACUAUCUCCAUGUGGCGAAGAUUGAUUCCUUGGACAGAAGUUAUGAAGGAAAUGCUUUUAAUAAAUGUGUGAAACUUGAUUUGGUAUUUGUAUUUCUUUUGAGUUCUGAGAAUUUUUUUAAAUACAGAAUUAAAGAUUUCAGUCUACCAGAAGUGAUUUCAUCUUUGUCUUGAAACCACAAAUGUGCAA